AUGUUCGGUUGCAUAACACAUCAGCCUCGACGUCAUCGACCUCGAAACUUCGAAGACGAGCCAUCAAAUCUAAGAUCUCGAUCGCUCGAUGCUCAGCCGCCGCCAAAACCUUUGCCGUUCGGUACGCCACCGAAACCUACAGGUCGCCUCUCCUCUACUCCUUUGAAACCUUCAUCAUUGAAAGGUGCUGAAAUAUAUUAA